ACCUACACAAUCAUGCCUGGCAGCACCACAUCAUCCAUUGUCUCUAUCAUCAAGCCGAAGCCUCUUGCUUGUGGAGAAGAGUGCGAUUGCUGCGGAUGCGAAGAGUCCUGUUGGUGCGUUGUUAUGUGAAAGGGCUGGUCAGAGAGAAGUUCCAUACUCUUGCAAUGAUGAAGGAGAUUUAGCGGAACGGAUGAUGAGUUGAAGUGGUGAAUAAGUUGAAUUGAUUGAAUAGUGAGCGUCUACCAGAGCGAAUGCAAAUCUUACAAUAAGAAAAUAUCUAAUGCGCAUGCGUCUAUUUUGUUCUCCUCCGGGGAAGUGAAAACAUACUCUCUGCUAAGGAAAAACCGGUCCGGAACGAUCCCUUUUGCCAGACUCUAUAAGAUUCCGCUGCGCUGAUGCCAAACAAGUCUCCCGUCAUAAAUUCACAUCAAUUCUUAAAGAAAGCUUUUGGAAGUGGUGACGACCCUUCGACCUCAUACCGCGGCAUUGCAGGUGGUGCGGCGGUAUCAUGUGUCGGAGAAGACAUGCUUUUGGCUUGGUUGUUAAACGCAUCUUGAUACACGACGCCCUUUUCUGCAUCUUUUGUUCUUUUGCGCUUCAAAAGGGCGAGCACACCGACGAGAAUGAGCGCGGCGCCUACUAGUGAACCCAGCACGCCGCCUGCAAUGGCUGCUGUUUUUGAGCCUUUAUUUGAGGGCUCUGGGUUGUUGUUACUGUUGUUUCCGUUGUUAUUGCCUUGUGCCGCCGGCUCAGCGUCGCUGCUGGCAGGUGUUGCCGAAGGGGUUGGAGAAGGCGUUGAAGAUGGAGUAGAAGCUGGUGUCGAGGAGGGUUCGGGUUUGCUCUCUACUUUUUGACUUGGGUGAAUAAUGAAGCCGGGACUGGGAAGCAUUUCUGGUGUAGGUGGGUAUUUAUUGCUUUCGGUGUGCUUCAGGAAUCGUAAUACGAAUGCGGAUUCUCCAUCUUCCCCUAUGAUCUUGUCGCUCGUGCCAUUGCACAAUUGAACGAUUAUAAAAU